CAGUCCCUAAUCGAGGCCUGCAAUGAUUCAUCGUGGCUAGAGUCGGAGCCCAACAUUUCGAUGACAGUCUUGUUCGACAACGAGGAGGUGGGUUCACUGAGUGCCCAUGGUGCACAAUCCACCAUGCUGAUCCGCGCGAUCACUCGCCUGACGAACUCUCCCAACGAAGCCGGUUUGGAUAUGGCCCUUGCACGCUCUAUGCAUGUCAGCGCCGAUAUGGCUCAUGCAGUACACCCUAACUACAGCGAGAAACACGAAGACAAUAUGAAGCCACAGCUGCACAUGGGUCCUGUGGUGAAGAUCAACUGCAACACGCGUUAUGCGACCACGGCAGUCACCAACGCUAUGCUACACACACUCGCGCAUAAGAACGACAUUCCUAUCCAGGAGCUUGCGGUUCGUAACGAUUCCUCGUGCGGCACCACCAUCGGACCCAUUUGCUCUGCCAACACGGGCAUCCGCACAGUUGACAUUGGUAAUCCCCAGCUCUCAAUGCACUCCAUCCGCGAGAUGUGCGGAACGACAGACAUCAAGCACUGUGUCGACCUUAUGAAGGUGUUCUUCACUCAAUGGACUGCGCUAGAGGACGGUUGGGAUAUCGACCACAGUUGAAUAGUUGAAUAAUACAUACUCCUCCCGACUACAAUGGUAGGCCAUGAUAAUACAUGCACAAUGUGAUACUACCAAACUAUGAGGUAUUAUAGUCCCCUGCCGACGUAAAUAGUUGAGCGCCAAAUAAUAAAACGAAAUGUCAG